AUGGCAUCUUGGAAUUCGAUACCGCUCGAAAUCUCAUACGAAAUCGCUGGAUGGAUCGCGUUUGCUUCGUGGUCGAUCAGUUUUUACCUACAAGUUAUUUUGAAUUUCCGCAGGAAAUGUGUUGUUGGAUUGAGCUUCGACUUUGUGGUCUUGAAUUUGACUAAGCACUCAUCGUAUAUGAUCUACAACGUCUGCCUCUACUUUAGUCCAGUUAUUCAGAAACAGUAUUUCGACACUUAUGGCGAUAAAGAGAUGAUACCUGUGGCUGCAAAUGAUGUUGCAUUCUCAAUCCAUGCAGUUGUAAUGACUGCCCUUUUACUCUUCCAGAUCUUUAUCUAUGAACGAGGAUCUCAAAAAGUAUCCAGACUUGCUGCUGCUAUUGUGAUUGUUGUGUGGACAUUUGCAGCUAUAUGUUUCUUCAUAGCAUUGCCUACACAAUCUUGGCUCUGGCUCAUUUCGCUCUUCAAUUCGAUUCAGGUGUUUAUGACAUGCGUCAAGUACAUUCCUCAGGCAAAAAUGAAUUUCACUAGGAAGAGUACAGAUGGUUGGAGCAUUGAGAAUACUCUUCUCGAUUUUACUGGAGGAGUCACUAAUUAUAUGCAAAUGGUUAUACAAUCUAUUGACCAAAAUUCUUGGGUGAAUUUCUAUGGGAACAUUGGAAAGACUCUUCUAUCACUCGCGGAAUGUAUGGCAAAGCUAAUGGAGAAAAUAGGUAUAGAGAAGUUUAGUGUGGUUGGAAGAAGCUACGGUGGAUUUGUGGCGUAUCACAUGACACAAAUGUGGCCGGAAAAAAGUAGAGAAAGUUGUGAUUGCAAGCUCCGGGAUCAACAUAAGAAAGUGUGA